CGGACGUGGGACACUUUCUUAGCGUCCCACAUCGUGUCAAAAAAGCGAGUCAAGGAUUCACCGGAGAGCAAGAAAAGGAAAAGGGAUGAUUCUGAGGCUGAAGGAAAACCCGGGAGAAAGCGAACGUGGGACACUUUUGUAGCCUCAGGAUUAAGCGUGAAAUCCAGCUGUGAAAAGAUGGAGGUCUGCCUGGAUCAGAGUGAGGGCUUUGACGGGGGUCAGAUGAACCUGUCGCCCUCCACCAGCGGAGCAGAGGGCCCCCCCGCCUGGUUCAGGACCCAAGAACACCCCCUCAUCCUGGGCAUCUCGUCCCAGGUAUCGGACAGCCUCUCCAUAAACGAUGAAGAGAGUCAACAACAACAACAACAACAACAACAACAACAACAACAACCCCCUCCUCAAUCGCCUGUUGCUGUAAAGCCUGUGUCCCCGCCGCUGCAAGUUAGCACUGCGCCUCCACCCUGCCAACAAGAGAGAACCGGGAGGAAGGCGCUGAGGAAAUCAUCGAGGAGAAAACCCCGCGGUGACGACAGCAGCCCGGAGAGAGACAGACCAUCGAGCAAGAGCAGGAACACAGAAAUCAUCCAGACAUCAAAAAAGACUACGAUCCGUGUGGCCGAAAUAAAACGCGGGAGAAAGCGGACGUGGGACACUUUCUUAGCGUCCCACAUCGUGUCAAAAAAGCGAGUCAAGGAUUCACCGGAGAGCAAGAAAAGGAAAAGGGAUGAUUCUGAGGCUGAAGGAAAACCCGGGAGAAAGCGAACGUGGGACACUUUUGUAGCCUCAGGAUUAAGAAAGCAAAUCAAUUCCUCACCGGAGAGGAAGAAAAGGAAGCGUGAUGAUUCUGAAGAAGCGGAGAGAAAACCCGGGAGAAAGCGAACGUGGGACACUUUUGUAGCCUCAGGAUUAAGAAAGCAAAUCAAUUCCUCACCGGAGAGGAAGAAAAGGAAGCGUGAUGAUUCUGAAGAAGCGGAGAGAAAACCCGGGAGAAAGCGAACGUGGGACACUUUUGUAGCCUCAGGAUUAAGAAAGCAAAUCAAUUCCUCACCGGAGAGGAAGAAAAGGAAGCGUGAUGAUUCUGAAGAAGCGGAGAGAAAACCCGGGAGAAAGCGAACGUGGGACACUUUUGUAGCCUCAGGAUUAAGAAAGCAAAUCAAUUCCUCACCGGAGAGGAAGAAAAGGAAGCGUGAUGAUUCUGAAGAAGCGGAGAGAAAACCCGGGAGAAAGCGAACGUGGGACACUUUUGUAGCCUCAGGAUUAAGAAAGCAAAUCAAUUCCUCACCGGAGAGGAAGAAAAGGAAGCGUGAUGAUUCUGAAGAAGCGGAGAGAAAACCCGGGAGAAAGCGAACGUGGGACACUUUUGUAGCCUCAGGAUUAAGAAAGCAAAUCAAUUCCUCACCGGAGAGGAAGAAAAGGAAGCGUGAUGAUUCUGAAGAAGCGGAGAGAAAACCCGGGAGAAAGCGAACGUGGGACACUUUUGUAGCCUCAGGAUUAAGAAAGCAAAUCAAUUCCUCACCGGAGAGGAAGAAAAGGAAGCGUGAUGAUUCUGAAGAAGCGGAGAGAAAACCCGGGAGAAAGUGGACGUGGGACACUUUUGUAGCCUCAGGAUUAAGAAAGCAAAUCAAUUCCUCACCGGAGAGGAAGAAAAGGAAGCGUGAUGAUUCUGAAGAAGCGGAGAGAAAACCCGGGAGAAAGUGGACGUGGGACACUUUUGUAGCCUCACACAUCGAGUUAAAAAAUGAACGCAGUGGCUCUCCGGAGAGGAAGAUGAGGAAGACGAGCCUGGAAGAGGAGGAGGCAAACACACAAGGCUCGUCUCUGAGCACCAGGAAGAGAAAGCGACACCCUGGGGAUCCUCCAGAGGGGGAGGAGGAGCCCAGGUGUGUCAAGAGAAGGAGAUAUUAA